AUGGAAACAUUUCAAAGCGAUAGCGAUGAAAGCAACGAAUACGAAAAUGAUGAAGAAGGUGGUCAACACAUUUGCCCUGUCGCGGGAUGCCCCGUAGUGUGCUCAUCUGCUUCAAACUUAAAGCGGCACGACGAAACGAAGCACCAGGGAAAACGCUACCAAUGUUAUUAUUGUGUCAAACUUUAUACGCAAAAACAUUCAAUGGAAAGACAUGUCGUGCGAAAACACCCUGGAGCUGAUACGAAGAAAAGAGCACAGAGAGGUGGCAGUAGUCAGAUUUCAGUCAACAGUCAAACACCCAAAUUGAAGACACCUACUUUUCGAAUGCCACCGAAAAGAAACCCCAACAUGAAAAAUGACAAAAAGGCUGCUCUAAUCAGCAAUGCUGUAACAAACACAAUCACUUCAUCAACGAUCGUUUCGACGAUUGCAUCACUGUAUGGGUUAAACUCUACAUCAACAACAUCUACGCCACUUUGUUUCAAUCCAAAAACUUCCACCGUAACAACAACAGCACCAAACACUGAAAAUAUGAAUGAACAAUUUGACUCUAACAUUAGUUCUACCUCAACAAUCACCAUAACAUCAGCGUUUGAUGCAAGUCCAUCGACAAUGACAGUAACAACAGCAAGUGCACUACCGCUUGGUUCGACAUUAGGGUACUUAACGACCUCAACAAUAACAGCACCAAGAACUACUGCACAAAUCCAGACCUCUGCACAAAUCCAGGAUACUAAGGAUAAUGAUGCUACGAGUGAUUCUACUUUAAGCGUCAUCGAAACACUAGAUAUAACCGGUUCAGACAAUCUCUUACAAGCUAUCAGCAAUGCUAAAACUGCUGCUGUAGAUCUAUCGAAAUCUGUCAAUUUUUGUACACACUUCUUAAAGGCACCUCUUUAUACAGUAUGCUAUGCAUUUUUCUAUGAUUUUUUUCUAGAUGUUGCAGACUCUGCUAAUGAAUUGAGCACAGCUUUAGAAAAGGCCAAUUCUGUUUCUGUAUCUCUAUCGAUUGCAAUUGCUGCCGCAGUUAACAUUGGAACCACGGAACAAAUUUCAAAUGCAAAUAAAGCUGCUGAAAAUCUUACGGACGGUAUAUUAAAAGCCGCGACUCUUGCUGGAGCUUUCAACGACGCAGCGGGCAAACUUGCUUGUGAUUUUUUUGGUACCUUUUCGUCUACUAUCAAGGAUGCUAAUGAUGUCAUCAAAACUCUCACAACAGAUUUGAAAUCUGUAGAAGAAAACUCUGCCAAAAUGGCAAAGCACAUGAAAGAAAUCCGUACUACAAUAUCAUCUCUGAAUGAUCGCAAUUUUGCUGGUGAUCUUAAAACUCUUAUAGAGGAUGCCAGUGCUCUAUCUACAACUGUUGUACCUCAGGUUGAUAUAGAUUUAUCGUCAUCUAUCAAGGAAGCUCGAACAUGUUCUACCAGUCUCCAGAAACACAUUGAAGUCGCUAAAUCUAUCGGUUCCAAUCAUUCAAAUGUGAUAAUAGUUAAUGUUCUCUACUUCUUUCCACUUUUAGAAGCAGCUAAAUCUCUACAAAAUCUUGAAAUUAUUAUCAAACAGGCCACGGAUCUAGGUGUAUCAUCAUCCGAAAAUAUUUUAGUCGCGAAAAAUCUUGGUCAAAAUCUUACUGACGCUAUCGAAACUGCCAAAGCUAAUGCUGCAAAUCUCGCCGAUGUAGCUGAACAAUCAUCCGGGACUCCUGCCAAUACGGAUCACGCAAAUGUUGAUGCACAAAAGAUGCUUUCUCAAAUUGUUUUGAAAUUGAACGAAGCGACUGAAAUCCUCCAUCAAAACUCUCAAAUGCAAGCGCAACUUAUAGAAAAUUUCCGCCAAGGAGUUUUGGGUGCGAUUAACCAACUUCAAGCAGCCGUUCAAGUAAUUUAA